AUGGCGACAAACUUUGACUUAAACGAUUUAACUGUAGAACAACUUAUGGCCCUCAGCGAGAUAGUUGAUGAUAGUGAUAGUAGCGACAUUGAUGACAAAGUUGAGGAAAUAUUUACGGAUGAGUUCUAUCGAGUUGCACCUAAGGAUAAGGGCAAAGAUCCCUUUGAAGGACAAAGACAAUUCAUAGACGAAGGCGACCGUUCUACGGAUCCUAAGAAACCGAGACGACUCCCACUUAACUAUAAACGUAAAAGAGGAAUUAUGCCGACAUGGAAGUAUUCCGACAGACAAAAGGCUAAGGCCCUACUUGUUGAGGAGGCAUACCAGAAUUUACUAAGUAGGGGAGUUGAAGGUCUACCACCAACAAUGGGAGGGAGAUGGCGAACAGAUGAUCCACAGGUAAACGCCGAAAUUAAGAGGCUUGAAAAUGAGAGGAACCCCAAGCGUCCCAGAGGAAGGCCACCAAAGCCUAAGUCUGAUGCUGAAGUAAAGGUCCCAAGAGGUAGACCAACAAAACCUAAGACUGACGACAAAGUUGUGAUUCCAAAGAAGCGUGGAAGACCACCGAAGCCUAAGUCUGACACUGAAGUUAAGGUCCCAAAGAAGCGUGGAAGACCACUAAAACCUGAGGUAGUUGAAACACCAAAACCUAAGGUUAAAAGACAAACCGUCGCUGAAAGAUUCCUAAGUCAAAACAGGAUUAAACUUUCAGUUCCUGCAAAUAGUGUUAUUACUCCAACAGGUCCAGGUAAGUUCACAAUCCAAGUGGAUCUUAACAAGAAACCCACAAGGAAAGCUCCUGAAGUACCAAAGGGUGUGGCUCCCUGGAAACCAACACCUAAACCUAGGGAAAGGCCAGUUCCUAAGCCAAGGAUCGUACUUCCUAAGGAAAAACCCGUUCCUAAGCCAAGAACUGUACUUCCUAGGGAAAGACCUGUUCCCAAACCAAGAACCCUAAAACCAGUGCCUCCUCCAAAGUUACGAAAGCCCGUAAAAGUGUUUAAGGAAGUUAAAGAACAGCCUGCAGUGGUCACACCUAAGGAACACGAAAUAGAUCCAUUUGGAACAUAUCUCGAAAAGCCAUUCCACAGGAAAAUUGAAACAGCCGCAAACGGAGCAGCUGUGACCUAUUCAAUUACUCCCCAGUAUAUGGAUCCCCUGGACCAGAUGACCGCAAGUAGGCAGGUAGUAAGAGGAAUAUUAGUGAAUGAGCUGAAGAGAAUGGGAGGGUUGAAAUACACUGAGACAAUUAAGGUGAGAAUGUCAAAGGAUAUUGGUAAUGACAAGACAAAGAAAGAUUCAAUAUACUUUAAGUCUAAAACUGGAACCACAACCAACUUUGAGGACAUUGAAAGCACAGCUGCUCAAAAUCAACUGACCAUCCUUGCCAGAAUAGAAACCUUUCAAAACUUAGGUUCAAAUUGGAUUAUUCUGAAUAUUGAAAGCCAUUAUGUAAACAUUGCGAUGUACAAACCUCUAAAGGGUAGUUCAUAUAUGAAAUUACCUGCAGACAUUAGUAAUCCAAAAUGUGGGCUAAUCAAUAUGAAAAACAACGACAACAAAUGUUUCAUGUGGAGUCAUGUGAGACACGUAAGACCGAAAGCCCGAAGAGCAACCACCAUUACACGACAGGAUAUGGAGUUCGCGGAAAACCUAGACUACAGCGGUAUAGACUUCCCUGUGAAGAUAAGCGACAUCGAAAAAAUUGAGAGGAAAAACAGUAUGAGCAUAUCAGUGUUUGGUUAUAGUGGUAAAAAGCAGUUCUAUCCUAUAAGAAACUCUAAGACCAAAUAUGACGAGCAUAUGGAGUUGCUGCUCUUAGGUGACGGUAAUGGUAAUAACCACUAUGUUCUCAUAAAGGAUAUAAACAGAAUGCUCUUCAGUGUAAACGGAAACUCGAACAAAAAACACUUUUGCUUACACUGUCUUCACAGCUGCUCAAGCAAAGAGUCACUCGAAAAACAUAAGGAGACAUGUCUAGAGGUAAAUGGAACUCAAGCCACAAAGCUUCCCAAGGAAGGUUCUAAAAUAAAGUUCAAAAACCAUAGGAACUCAAUGCCUGCUCCAUUUGUUAUAUAUGCUGACUUUGAGUCUAUACUUGUUCCUGAAGAGAGAAAAGUUGAUUCUGAUAACCCUGGGGAUAAAAGCAGCACGGACCUUUACCAGACACAUAAAGCCUGUAGUUUUGGGUUAAAAACAGUCUGCCAUUACGAUGAUAAGUACUCUGGUGAGUAUAUCAGUUACGUUGGAGAGGAUGCCACACAGGUCUUCCUGAAGACUGUAUUGAAAGAGUCAUUCAAGUGUAGAGAUAUGGUUAACCAGAUAUUCAAGAAAAAGAUGGUAAUUUCACCUGAACAGGAAACUGAGUUCUGGAUGACAAGAAACUGUUCAAUAUGUGGUAACGACCUUGGAGAUGACAGAGUGAGAGACCACGAUCACGUAACAGGAAUGUACCGUGGAGCUGCUCACAAUAUAUGCAACUUAAAAUAUAGAAUUACAUGGAAAGUGCCUGUGGUCUUCCACAAUCUUAGAGGCUAUGAUAGUCAUCUAAUUAUGCAAGAGAUUGGUAAGUUUAAGAUGAACAUUAACGUGAUCCCAAAUAAUAUGGAAAAAUAUAUUUCCUUCUCUCUUGGUAAAAAUAUUGUGUUCAUUGACUCUAUACAGUUUAUGGCUUCUUCACUAGAAGCACUUGUGAGUAACCUUUCACCUGAGGACUUCAAGAUAGUAGGUAAGAGGUGGAAGGGUGAGGACUUCAACUUAGUGACACAGAAAGGAGUCUUUCCAUAUGAAUUCCUAGAUGACAUUAGUAAGCUAGACUCAGAGGGUCUUCCAAGUAGAGAUAAGUUUUAUUCGUCACUGUAUGAGUCAGAGGUGAAGGAAGAGGAUUACCAAAGAGCUCUAAAAGUAUGGGAUCACUUUAAGAUGAAGACCAUGAGAGACUACCACGAUCUCUACCUAGAGACUGACGUUCUACUACUUGCUGAUGUAUUUGAAAACUUUAGGCGAACCUGCCUGGAAAAUUAUAAGCUAGACCCUGCACAUUACAUGUCAGCACCUGGUCUAAGUUGGGACGCCUUCCUGAAACAGUCAGGUGAGGAAAUAGAGCUUGUAAGUGAUAUGGACAUGUUCCAGUUCUUUGAGAAGGGAAUGAGAGGAGGUGUAAGUCACAUUGCUCAUAGAUACUCAACAGCUAAUAAUAAGUACAUGGAAACGUAUGAUGAGACGUCUGAAAACAAGUACCUUAUGUACCUCGACGCCAACAAUUUAUAUGGUUGGGCAAUGUCACAACCACUGCCUAAUGGAGAGUUUGAGUGGGUCGAGGAAUUUGAUGGUAUAAAUCUUGAUGACUACCUGGGAGACAGCGAAAGAGGUAUGGUUUUAGAGGUUGACAUGGAAUAUCCAAAAGAACUUCACAACCUACAUAACGGUUAUCCUCUAGCACCGGAGAGCAAGGAGAUUGAUGCAUCAAUGUUGUCUGAUUAUGCAAAGAGUAUUGCUGAGAAAUUUCAGCUGACAAUUGGAGGAGUAAGAAAACUUGUGAACUCUCUUGGUCCAAGAAAGAACUACGUCUUACAUGUACGUAAUCUUAAACUAUACACAGACCUUGGAAUGAAACUUAUAAAGAUCCACAGAGCUGUCUCAUUCAAACAAACUCCCUGGCUUAAGAACUACAUCGACUUCAAUACAAAGAAAAGAUCAGUUGCUCGGAACACGUUCGAAAAGAACUUCUUCAAAUUAAUGAACAACUCAAUCUAUGGAAAGACAAUGGAAAAUCUUAGGAAAAGAGUUGAUGUAAAAUUAGUGUCAUCAAAAGACGACCUCCUAAAACUGACAGCAUCACCCUGCUUCCAGUCACAUAGAAUCAUGAAUGAGAACUUAAUAGUUGUAAAAAGAACGAAGGAAGUUCUGACUCUAAAUAAACCGUGCUACGUGGGAAUGAGCAUCUUAGACUUGUCAAAGACUUUGAUGUACGAUUUCCACUACAAUACAAUCAAGAAGGAGUACGGUGACGGAGCAAAGUUAUUGUUCACAGAUACUGACAGUCUUAUGUACGAAAUAAAGACAGAUGACGUCUACGAGGACUUCAGGAGGAUCGGCGAAGAGCAAGACUGCUGGGAUAACUCAGAUUACCCAAAAGAUUCUCCGUACUACUCAGCUCAUAAUAAGAAAGUUAUUGGAAAGUUUAAAGACGAAGCUGAGGGAGUACCAAUAAUUGAGUUUGUUGGGUUACGGUCUAAGAUGUACUCUUAUGUAAAGGAAAAUGGUGGAGGUGGAAUGACAGCCAAAGGAGUGAAAAAGUAUGUGAUCAGAAACAAGCUCACCCAUGAGAACUUUAAGAAUGUAAUAAAUACUAAAGGUAGGAUGAGACACAACAUGAACACUAUCAGAAGCGUCAAACAUACAAUAGGAACUUAUGAAAUAAGGAAGGUCACUCUAAGUUGCUUUGACGACAAGAGGUAUAUUCUGGAGGAUGGAGUUACCAGUUAUGCUUACGGUAACAAGAAUAUAAUAAGUAGCAAUUAGAAGACCACGGUGGAGUAGAAAGUAAUAACCUCAAGGGGAAUGCAGACAGGAAGGGCCCCCUGCCCUGUGUUCCCUCAAGGGUGAAACUAAAGAUGCUAAACGAGAGUUCAAAUCCAGAAGUUGGAAAAGAUCGGUGAAAAUCCGAGAGUCCCAGCGACUGGAUAAUAGAAAUAGUAAAUCUUCGUGAAUAGACCAUGGUUAGUAGAAAGUGGUCUAGAAAAUAAAUCAAGAUUUUUGAUGAAGACCAAGAUGAUUGGCUUGCAUUAGAAAAAGUGAUGUAUGAGCCAAUGUCAAAAAGUGGUCUAGAACCCUCAAUCCCUAUACUACUUUCAAGAAUCUGCAAAAAGUCUUUCAAAAGUCCAACUUAAUAUUGUUUGAUGUUAUAUCUGCCAGAGAUGCUGCAAUUGUUAACCUCAGCAUCUUGAAGGAGAUGCCUCUGCUUGGUGGAAAAGAAGAGAAGUACCUGGAAGAGCUUGAAGAUUGUAGUGUUGAAACUGAUGAAAGUUGUGGACGGAGCCAGAGGACGAAUGCAAGAAAUAAAAAUACGUAA